GCUUCACCAACAUCGAGACGCGUUCAACAAUCACGCUCUACUAUGAGUCCAGAAACAUCAAUACCUACCAACGUGGACCAAAUGAAACCGAGCCGAGCUUGUCAAGCAUGUCGUACCUCCAAAGUGCGCUGUAGGAAAUCAGAUGAUGGUCGGUCGUGUGCACGCUGUAGCAAGGCGGGCAGAUCUUGCUUACCUUUCGAGGAGUCAAACAAAAGGCAGAAGCGGUUCGACAACAGACCCAUCGGUGCUAUCGAAGCAAGACUAAGCCCGUUGACUGAUUCUGUGCAAGAUCGAGGUGUAUCUGCUUCUUCUGCAGCUCAGACCCAUACGGCGGAAGGAACGACCAUGCUAAACCCACGACUGGUGACUGCUCUCUUGGACUCCAACCGAAUCGCCGACGCCUCUUACUCGUCUCCGACUGAUUAUUCUAAUGCUCAUGUUGGUGCGUCGAUACGCGACGUUAUUGAUGAUGAAACGGCAAGCAUGAUCUUUGACCAUUUCAGAGCGGAUAUGCUGCAGCAUCUACCUUUGGUGACAUUUCCCUUGGGCGUGACUACAGAAGAAUUCCGGCGAAACACACCUAUCUUGCUUUUGGCCAUUCUAGACGCCGCAGGUGAUGGCUUUCAUGACUUAGAAGUCACGCGAAAGCUGCGUAGACUUCUCGUAAAGGUGUACUCUACUCGUUUGCUUCGCACCAAUGCAUACAGCAUGUCUCUACUACAAGCAUUUGUCAUCUCUGUAAUAUGGUAUAAGGAUUUCGAGCAUCCGCAAGCUGGUGAAGAGAUAGAUGUCUUUCACAUCACUCAUGCAGCUGCGAAUAUGGCUAUGAUGAUGGGCUUAGGGAAGCGUUUGAGGGACUGGUCAUGGAGUAUGAUGACGUCGCUCCAGACGGAUAACCUUCGUGGCGCUACUAGCGAGUCUCAAUUCUCUACUUUGGAAGUUAGGAGGAUGUGGUUGGCAUGCUACUACAUAUGCGUGAAUACAUCGUUGGCAUCGCAGACACCAAAUGUGAUGCGUUGGAAUCGUCACAUGGAUGAAUGCCUCGAAGUCUUGGAAACGUCUCCUGCUGCUAUUGCUUCUGAUAAGGUCUUGUGCGCUCAUAUCAGAUUGCAGCACGUCCUUGAGGAAUUCGAAGCACAGCUAUCUUCUUGUUCUGGUUCUACGGCGGUCGAGAUCACUUACAGAGCUGCUAAGCGUCAGCUUGCAGAGUGGAUUACAAAGGUCCAAAUAUGGAACGAUUCGCUCAGAUCAUCUCAGCAAUUUGUGACGCUCUACAUCCACGAGUUGGCUAUGACUACAACUCCAUCGGCCAACUAUCCUUCGGAACUCGGUGCAAAUGCAGUCACUGUCGGUCCGUCUACCCUUCCAGAUUGUCUUACAGCCGCGCACAACUCAUUAGACUCCUUUCUGUCCCUGGAUAUCCCUCUCAUACGUACUCUCCCGUCAACAUACUUCGUUCAGAUAACACAUACGGCGAUUGUUCUCGUUAAACUCCACUUUGCCGCAGCACGAUCUGCAGAUCAUGCAGAUGCGGCACANAAGAUUGGGGACAUCAGGGCUGAUGUCUUUCUUAAACGUCUGUUGACAAUGCUCAGUGGUUGGGGUACUCUGUGGCCCACUCAGAAGCUUAUGGGUACUUUGCGGAAACUGAGAGAGCCGUUGCGACAAUGUGGCGACCGGAAUAUUGCUUCCGAAUUAGCCUGGCUCAAUCUAUGGACGCUGGAAGAGGCACCUGACACCGAGACGGCUGCUCAGGCGAGUACAAUUCAAAAGCAGUCCAGCUAUGUUGGGGAAGAUGCCUAUAUCUCGCAAGACCCUGGAAGUACGGAAAGAGCAAUGUUGUCUACAUCUGACGCAGAAGCACUGGCAUGGUAUAUGUCAAGUACAGACCAAACCAACGAUAUGCCGGAUACUACGCACUCUACGCUGCCAUCCGCAAGCUUAGACGCUACGCAACUAGUCGAUUGGUUCGGAACGGAUCUCAAUACAAGCACAUUCGACUUUGAUGGAAAUCUACAAUCCAUGAUACAGUUCUUCGACUAA